ACCAAGCACACUUAAGAUCCCACAUUCCUUUCUCUCUUUCUUCUGUAUUUCUACCUUAGACAGACCCACAUUGUAUGGAGGCAGCGACGACAACUGCAAAUACGUCCUCGCAAAACACAGUGACACCUACCGGACAGCAAAACCCUCAUCCCCGUCGCAACACCAGAAAUCGCUACGCAAAUCGAGCUAGAAAUCAAACUAAUCAGCCUGGUGACUCUGCAGGUCAACCUCAGGACUCCUCCACGUCUGACAAUAAUAGACCACCGAGGAAAACAGGAGAGUCUCAAAGACCUAGGCGGCCUCCUAGGAGCCAUGACCUACCAUCUAGACCCGUAAUCGCACCUCACGCAUCCAGCUCAAACCAGCAGGACGUCUCUAGAGAACAAUCCAUCGAAUCUGGGGCCCCUAGACACACACAAAACCGAGGAAAGCUACCUACAUCUAACAAUGCAGGCGAAACGACUUCACCCGCAACCACCUACGAGACCACGUACAGGUAG